CGCCACCUCCUCCCCCUCUCCACACACUCUUCUUCUCCACUCCUCCGCCGCUCGCCUCGCCGCGCGCCGCUUAUAUACCCGCGUCUCUGCGCUCAUCGAUUCAUCACCCAGAUCGCAAUCCAACCACCGCAACCAAUUCGCCGGAGAAAGUUGUGAAUACCGACCUACCGGCGGCGAAGAUCGAUGAUGUACAUGCGCGCGACGCACCGGGACGAGGAGGGGAAGAAGGUGACGGAGAAGGUGGCGGUGCCGGAGACGCGGCACCCGGACACGGCCAGGCACUUCGAGCGGAAGCUGGACCAGCAGGGGCUCCACCGCAUGGAGCGCCACCCGGCGAACGGCUCCCGCGGCAUCGGCGCGCCGCCGCCCAAGUCCGGCCGCGGCGGCAAGUUCACCUGGGAGGGCCCCGACAGCAUCGUCGACAGCCAGCUCGAUCCCCUCCCGGCCGCCAUCGACCGCAACGACCCCAACUACGAGGAGGAGGAAGGCGACCACGAGCGCGAGGCCGACGUCGUCGGCGAGGUGGAGGUCGCCAAGGUCGCCGGCGACGCCAGGGAUGGUGUCGCCAGGGUCGACGUCGUCGCGCCGCCGCAGCUGCACGAGAAACUGCAGCUGCAGCCGCAGUAGGGGCGCCCAGCCGCCAUUUGAGUGGUGUUUUCGAAGUGUGUUUGUUACUUUGUUUGAGUGUUUAUUUACGGUUUUGUAUGCGUGUUAUUUAUGCCUCUGUAUGAAUAAUAAUCGAGCAUCAAACUGAACUUGGAUGAACUGUGGUAUCUGGAUUUAGGGAUUGUUCAACUCAUUGCCGAAAUAAUGUGUUCUCCCGAUCUUGUA